AUCAACAAAUUAACCUAACCUCAACCUCUAACUUGUCAAAAUUGAAGAAUAGCCUAAUUCAAUUCGUCAGUGUAGUAUUUUAAACUUUCAAAUUACCUGCAUGCAUGCCCUGACUUAUCUUAAAUUCAUCUUAUAACUUAUUUUUCUGUAAUUUCUUUGAAAGGUAUAACAUUGCCUGAUUUAAAUUUUAGGCCUAUGAUCUGUCACUGUCAGUGAUAAUAUUAAUUUCUUAACAAUGUAUUCAUGUAGUACACAACGGAAAUCUUGGACAUUCCCAGACGAAGCUGGACUACAGAAACUAAGAGACGAAGCAAAUAGAAAGUAUAUCAGUUCUCAUAAGAUGAAAGAGGGUGAAGAGAGUGUGUAUUUAACGUCUGCCGAGGAGAGAGUGUUGUUGCUUCACUAUCAGCUGCAGCUGAGAGAUUUUUGUCGCAAGUUCCACCCAGCCAUGCCCAGGGCUGUGGCAGGGACGGCGUUCAACUACUUUAAACGGUUCUACCUCAACAACUCGGUUAUGGAUUAUCACCCUAAGGAGAUUUUAGUCACCUGUGUAUUUUUAGCGUGUAAAGUAGAAGAAUUCAAUGUGUCUAUUUUCCAGUUCGUAUCCAACAUUAAAGGUGACAGAGAGAAAGCAUCCGAUAUUAUCAUCAACAAUGAGAUGUUGCUCAUGAGACAUUUAAAUUACCAACUCACCGUUCACAACCCGUUCAGAGCGGUAGAGGGGGCUCUCAUCGAUAUUAAGACACGCAGCCAACUGCUUAAUGCAGAGAGACUGCGGCCGAGUGUGGAGGACGCGUUGGACAAACUGUUCCUCACAGACGCCUGUUUGUUGUUCGCUCCGUCCCAGAUAGCAUUGGCAGCGAUUCUCCACGCAGUCAGCAAACUGCAGGAGAAUCUUGACUCUUUCGUAACGGAAAUCUUGCUGGGACCGACACAUCAGGAUUACAUUGUCCACAUCAUUGAAAUCAUCAGAAAAAUACGCAGCAUGAUAAAAAGUUUCGAACCUCCUGCCCGAGAUGUCAUCAGAAGUCUUGAAAAGCGAGUGGAGCGAUGUCGAAACCAGGAGAAUAACCCAGACAGUCAAAUAUACAAAGAUAGACUGAGAGAUAUUGAUGAUGAUGAAGAUUUUGGCUACGCUAGUCGACCAACACAAGACACAGAAAAAAACAUGAAUGAGAUAGGAAUUUCUAGCCUCAGCUCAAAUUCUAGCUAGGUUUCUCAAAACUGUAAAAAAACUUUUAAAAAAAUCAAAAGUUUUGUAUCGAAAUAUAUUUAUUUUUUACUUCCA